GAAAAAUCCCUAAAUUGCUACGUGUUUUCAUGUUUAGUAAAUGUCACUUGCGGAUUUGUGAAAAUGUGUGUUUCAAAUUAAAAAAGAUAAAUAAUAAAAAUAAGUGGUAUUUCUAAGUUAUUGUAUGGCUUGACUUAUAUAUUUGCACAGACAAACAUAACCUCGAAAGACACGUCAGCUGAGAAUUUUACCCAAUUUUCAAAAUGUUGACCAAAUUCGAAACGAAAUCGGCCCGUGUGAAAGGCUUAUCAUUUCACCCGAAACGUCCUUGGAUAUUGGCAAGCUUGCAUAAUGGAUCCAUACAACUGUGGGAUUAUCGUAUGUGUACUUUACUCGAAAAAUUCGACGAACACGAUGGACCUGUUAGAGGAAUUUGUUUCCAUAAUCAGCAACCUUUGUUCGUUUCUGGCGGCGAUGAUUACAAAAUCAAAGUAUGGAAUUACAAACAAAAACGUUGUAUUUUUACCCUUCUUGGCCAUUUGGAUUACAUACGCACUACAAUGUUCCACCAUGAAUACCCUUGGAUUGUUUCGGCUUCCGAUGACCAAACCAUUCGCAUAUGGAAUUGGCAAAGUCGGACUUGCAUUUGCGUCCUCACCGGCCACAACCACUACGUCAUGUGUGCGCAAUUCCACCCUUCUGAAGACCUCCUAGUUUCCGCUUCCCUCGACUCAACAGUACGAGUUUGGGACAUUUCUGGUUUGAGGAAAAAGAACGUUGCUCCUGGACCUGGAGGUUUAGAAGACCAUUUAAAAAAUCCCGGUAGUACCGAUUUGUUUGGUCAAGCUGAUGCCGUCGUGAAACAUGUCCUUGAAGGGCAUGAUCGCGGAGUAAACUGGGCAUGUUUCCACCCCACUUUACCUCUGAUUGUUUCCGGGGCUGAUGAUCGCCAAAUAAAAUUAUGGAGAAUGAAUGAUUCAAAAGCUUGGGAGGUUGAUACAUGCCGUGGGCAUUAUAAUAACGUUUCGUGUGUUUUGUUUCAUCCACGUCAGGAACUCCUCUUAUCAAAUAGUGAAGAUAAGAGUAUCAGGAUUUGGGAUAUGGCCAAACGCAACUAUUUGCAUACAUUUCGGAGGGAACAUGACCGGUUUUGGGUGUUAACAGCUCACCCUAAUUUGAAUUUAUUUGCGGCGGGGCAUGAUACAGGCAUGAUUAUUUUCAAACUAGAGCGUGAAAGGCCGGCAUACACCGUACAUAGAAACUUCCUCUACUAUGUCAAAGAUCGUCAUUUGCGCAAACUUGAUUUCACCACGUCCAAAGACGUCCCUGUUCUUCAGAUUAGAGGUGGGGGCAAAACUCCCGUUUAUAGAAUGUCGUUCAAUCCGGCCGAAAAUGCCGUUUUGUUAUCAAUCCGAUCUUCGAAUUUGGAUAAUAGCACUUAUGAUUUGUAUACGAUCGCAAAAGAAUCCGAUCGUGAUGAUCAAGUCCCCGAAGCUGAAAGUAAACGAUCAUCAGGAUUGACAGCAAUUUGGGUCGCUCGAAAUCGAUUUGCGGUUUUGGACCGGUCACAUCAACUCGUUAUUAAAAAUUUGAAAAAUGAGGUACACAAAAAGGUGCAAACGCCACCUUGUGAUGAAAUUUUCUAUGCCGGAACUGGAAUGCUACUAUUGAGGGAUCCAGAGCAUUUGACUAUGUUUGACGUUCAGCGGAAACGUACCCUGGAACAAGUCAAAAUAAAUAAAUGUCGCUAUGUUGUUUGGUCUCACGAUAUGAAUUUUAUCGCAUUGUUGGCUAAACAUACAGUUACUAUUUGUAACCGAAAAUUGGAAGUUUUGUGCUCUUUGCAUGAAAAUACAAGAGUCAAAUCAGGGGCUUGGGAUGAUUCCGGUGUUUUUAUUUAUACCACUAGCAAUCAUAUCAAAUACACUUUGAUUCAUGGCGACCAUGGGAUUAUUCGUACUCUCGACUUGCCAAUUUACAUCACUCGAGUUAAAGGAAAGCAUGUCUUUUGUUUAGACCGUGAAUGCAAGCCUCGUGUUCUAACAAUCGAUCCUACAGAAUACAAAUUUAAAUUAUCUUUGAUUCACCACCGCUACGAUGAAGUCUUAUUCAUGGUUAAAAAUUCGCGUCUAGUGGGUCAAGCAAUAAUUUCAUAUUUGCAACAAAAGGGUUACCCUGAGGUGGCUUUGCAUUUUGUCAAAGAUGACAAGACUCGUUUCACUUUGGCACUAGAAUGUGGCAAUAUUGAGAUUGCAUUGGACGCAGCUAAAGCCCUAAAUGAUAAACUUUGUUGGGAACAAUUGGCCCAAACCGCUUUGUGGCACGGCAACCACCAAGUGGUCGAAAUGUGUUAUCAGCGAACUAAAAGUUUCGAGAAAUUGUCAUUCUUGUAUUUAAUCACCGGCAAUUUGGAAAAGUUGCGUAAAAUGACAAAAAUUGCUGAGAUUCGCAAAGCACGCUCAUCGCAAUAUCAUGGUGCUUUAUUACUUGGUGAUGUUGAAGAAAGAAUAAGAGUUUUGAAGCAAUCAAACUUGACAUCUUUAGCUUAUUUAACAGCUGCAACUCACGGGUACGAGGAGGAAGCUGAAGAAUUGAAAGGUUUGAUUGGGAAUGAGAAAAAAGUGCCCGAUGUUGACCCCAACGCAAAAUUCUUUAUCCCUCCACCGCCAAUUCAACAAGCUGAGAGCAAUUGGCCGUUAUUGACAGUCAGUCGCAGUUUCUUUGAGACUAACGCAAUGGUUCAAGCUGCGUCAAAUAUGAAGAGUUUGAUGGUUGAACCAACAACUGAAGCUUUGGAUGAGGAAGUUGGUGGUUGGGGUGACGACGAUGAGGAGAUUGAUGUUGACACCGAACGCAAAUCGGACGAUGCAGUCCCAGGAGAUGGUGAAGGUGGUUGGGAUGUUGAAGACGCUGAUUUGGAAAUACCUGAUUUGGGAACGUCACAAACGCAACAAUCGAGUGAAAGUUUUAUUCAUUUGCCAUCUCAAGGGCCUAGUCCGACUUUAGCAUGGACGAAAAAUUCACAAUUUGCCGUCGAUCAUGUCAUGGCUGGGUCAUUUGAAUCGGCUUGUAGAUUGUUACAUGACCAACUUGGAAUUGUUCAUUUUGAACCGUUUGAAAAUAUUUUCUUAUCGUUGUAUAGCGGAUCUAGAACUAGCACAACGUGGCAACCAAAUUUGCCAUCAAACUUCACUUAUCCUUUGCGUAAUUGGAAGGAUGCAGGCCCGAAAGGGGGGCUUCCGGUUGCAGGAGUCAAAUUGAACGAUUUGGUCCAGAAAUUACAGGAUUGUUACCAACUCACUACUGGGGCCAAGUUUAGCGAAGCGAUUGAAAAAUUCCGAAAUUUGAUUUUGUUAAUUGCGCUUUUGAUUGUUGACACGAAACAAGAGGUGUCCGAAGCUGAACAACUAUUCCGUCUUUGUCGGGAAUACAUUUGUGGUUUGCAAAUGGAGACGCUUCGCAAAAGCUUGCCGAAAAACUCAAUAGAGGAACAGAAGCGUCAAUGCGAAAUGGCCGCUUAUUUUACUCAUUGCAACUUGCAACGUGUCCACCAAAUUCUAACACUUCGGACUGCGCUUAAUAUGUUUGUUAAAUUGAAAAAUUACAAAACUGCGGCUUCUUUCGCGAGAAGAUUGCUUGAGUUGGGUCCGAAACCGGAAGUGGCGUCACAAGCGAGAAAAAUUUUGCAGGUUUGUGAUUCAAAUUUGACGGAUGAGUUGCAAUUGCAUUACGAUGAACAUAAUCCAUUUAAUUUAUGCGGUUAUUCGUAUACUCCGAUUUAUCGAGGCAAAGCCGAGGAGAAAUGUUCAUUUUGUGGCACUUCGUAUCUUCCGAAGUACAAGGGUGCUAUCUGUAAUGUUUGUACAGUGGCUGAGAUUGGGAAAGAUAGUAUUGGACUUAGGAUUAGUGUUCACCAAUUUAGAUAAAUGUUCCAAAUGUUUAAUGCUUUGUAUUUAAAUAAAAGUCGUUUCAGAUAA